CUGCCUUUUCUACUACUACUCUGCUCCCACUCCCACACUCGCCCACUGCUACUCCCACUCUCACUACUACUACCACUCCUACUACACACAGCACUCACAGUACUGUCUUCCCAUACUGCUGGCACUGCGCUGUACACGCUGCUUCGCCUCCCACUCUACCAUCUGCACCCUCUUCACUUUUGGUGUUGGACGCGUCAAUUACUGUCAGUGACUCUUAUUACGACGAUGCACCCUUGGUUUGCAGUUGAAUGACGCGUCUUUGGCCGCAAUUCACUUGAUCAAACUCACCUUUGUCACGACCUGGAAAAGCGCAGAGACAUGUAACUUCACAUGCGCUGCAUCUGCAUCUGCACUGCUUUUGUCGCUGGCUGCCUUUCAACGCACCUUUCUCUUUCUGCACCUCUUCUCUUGCAUCGUCCAUGUACCCUCACACUACUUGCAUAUCUACCUUGCACCUCCCACCAUCUCUCUCAACCUCUUCAGCGUGAUCAUCAACGCGCUAAUCAUUACACAGUCUAAACUCUCCAGCUCUUCGCCGGAAACCACAUAAUCAACAUGCCUAAGGCCGCAGCUAAAGCAUCCAAGUCUAAGGGACGCGGUGCCGAGAAAAAGAAGAAGGAUCCCAAUGCUCCCAAGCGUGGUCUCUCGGCCUACAUGUUCUUUGCCAAUGACCAGCGCGAGAACGUCCGUGAGGAGAACCCCGGCAUCAGCUUCGGCCAGGUCGGCAAGGUCCUUGGUGACAGAUGGAAGGCGCUCAGCGAGAAGCAGCGCGAGCCAUAUGAGAAGAAGGCUGCCAAUGACAAGAAGCGAUAUGAAGAUGAGAAGGCUAAGUACAAUGCCGGAGAUGACGAUGAGACCUCUGAUUAAAUGAUUGAUUCUCCCUGAGAUCCACUCAAUCACUCAACGGGGUAGCUUCGAUUUCUUUUCUGUCUUCAUGUCAUCACUAGCAACGAACAACGGGCGGUGGGGGGUUAUGGAGUCGGUACUCAGAUAGGAAUUGUGCUUCAAUCACAGCAUCAUGGGACAAGUCGAUGGCCCUGGUCUGACGAUGGGACACACAGACGACGGUCGAUCAGUCAGAAUCGACGGUCUUCAGGCAGCCAUGAUCUUUGACUUGCAUCAUUGCAUAAAGUGUCAAGCAUACCACAUGAUACUCCCUGUAUACUAGCUCUUAUGCAAUGCCAAUCAUGGCACAACCAUUGCUGUUGAGGUUAUUUUUGUCUGUGACUGUAGUUGUGAUGAAUAGGGAGCCUGUGAGUGUCAUGAAUACAUGGUCGAUGAAUGUCAUGGUGUCGGUGGUCCCGCCGCCUGAGCGGGUGGGCAGAGCUGGUGAUUUCGCCCCAUUGCUGAGGCUGAAGUUAAUGCCACCAAUUUCAGGCACCACGGGGGCUUAGAUAUAAGAGAUGAUGAAUUAUCAAGGCUUUCUCGCCUAAGUU